GUGAGGGGACCAGCUUCUGGGUUGUAGCUGCUGCAGAGAAAAAUGGAUCUGAUGCACUGUGGGCUUUUAUUAUUACUGCUGUUUUGUUCUGCCUGCAGUUAUCAGUUUAGACGUGGGUAUGGCCCAUUGGUUCGAGACCCUGAUCGGGAGUGGGACAGAGUGAAGAAGCUGAUAAGUGAAGAAAUGGCUGAGAACUUUGCACACGAAACCAAAUACUUGAAGAGCGCAACAAGUGGUUAUUCAGGACCUGCAGCAAAGAGAGUUCCAGAGUAUUUGGUUGUCACAUCUGCCAAGGACCAAAAAAAAGCUUUCAAGCCAGAAAAAGGUUCAAGACCUCUCCCUGCCGGGAUCACAGAAACUUUACUUCAAACUGCAGCACCGAAAACGGCAAAAGCGGCGCCAAAAGCAUCGCCACCCAGACCACAGCUGAUUGAAAUGCUGUGCCAUGUUGAUAGAAUAUAUUUACGAGUCAGGAGAGAGAUCUUUAAGACCACGGAGGCUUAUAAAUCCUUGAAGUUGGGUAACUGUCCUGUUAACCAAGGUACAAAAGUACACUACUACUUUCUGUACCUUAACACAGACUGUCAAUUCAAGGCAGAGAAUAAUGUGGAUUAUCGGCAGAUUGUCAAUUCGCUCCAAUACAAGCCAGCUGGUCCAGUUAUAAGAGAAAUGCCAUUUGACAUUCCUGUGAAGUGUAUAUAUCCCAGGUUCUUCCACUCCUUCCAAGUCGGCUUCUAUCCCAAACUACAGGGAGGCACAGUUUAUAAAGCACUCCAACCACAAACCGGCUUCAAACUUACUCCUCAAGAUGGUUCAGGAAAUGAAAUCACUGGUUCUAAAACCUACACUUUGGGCCAGCCGAUGUACUUUGAGGCCAAGCGCUCUGACACCAGUACAGCAGCUGCAGAUCAGAGGAUCUACAUCAACAAGUGCUACAUGACAGCCACCCAAGACCCCAACUCAAGUACUAAACAUGUAGUCAUUGACAACAGAGGCUGUAUGGUUGAUAGCAAGGUGACUUCACAGUCUAAAUACAUCGCUGGAACCUCGAAGCUCGCCCUCAAGUUCAGUGUCGGUUCAAUGAUCUUCCAGGGCUCCAGUUCAUCUACAUCACAGCAACUCUACAUGCACUGUGAUAUCUCUCUGGGCAGCUCGACUGCAACUGAAAGUGCAAAGGCUUGCCAUUAUGAUUCAACUGCCAAAAUGUGGAAGGAACUGUACGGUAAUGAUGCUGUGUGCAGCUGCUGUGACUCAACCUGUGCCUCUGCAAAAUCUAAAGCCUCAAAGAUGACCUCAAGUCACUCUUUGCAUGUUGACUUGAGCCACAAGGCUGAACCUCAGAAGAAAUCCUUUGAGAUGUUCAGCUGGGAGGACCCUGACUCAGCAGAGCAUCUAGACUUCCUCAAGUACUGGGACCCCGAGGAGUGAAAGUGGUGCAAAGUUUUUAAAUAAACCAUUUGUCUCUGGUA